AUGUCAUUAGUCGACCUAGUGGAAUUAGAUUAUGAAGAUCAUUGCGAACAAAGAGCAGAUGCUGGUUGGGAUGAAUUAAUUGGUGCCAGUAAAGGACUGUCCACAAAGUUGGAGCGCGACAAAGCUUACGGAAUAUUUUCGCGACAGCAAAUGGCCGACGUGAAGAGCGCUAUAACUUCUCAAGCACUUUCAUCUGACGACUUACUCAAGAGAAAAGUAAAACUUCUCCUACAACCGGGAGAUACGCUAUUGGAGCCAGAACAAUGGAUAAAGCUUGUAACUUUUGGAGACACAGCACUUCAUAAACUCCGAUUUGCAACAGACUAUGACUGUGGAACGAAUGUGAACUGCACACUUAGAGAAUUACAUAAGAAUAUGCAGAAAAUUCAAGAUGAAGACAUAUUAUUACGCAUGAAAAUAUCAUGGGAACGAAACCUCCCAGAUCUUAGUGAAUAUUUGGAACAAAUACUUCCUCUGCUAAGGAAUUGUUCUAGAGAAAACAAUUAUAAUACUGUAGAAGAAUAUUGGAAUUCACUGGGUGAAUACGAAGGUGCUAUAUUAAAAGCGCGCGAAAUUUGGGAUCAUGUAAAGCCCUUGUAUAUGAAACUACAUAAAUAUAUAGCACUUCGGCUUAAAGGAUCAGAAGCUGUUGGAAAUUCUUUGCCAGUUCACUUAUUGCGAUCAUUAAAUGGAGAUGACUGGUCUAAUCUUAUAGAAAGCUUACUACCUAAGCAUCAUGAUAUAUAUAAAAGGAUUUAUGCGAACUUACAAACUAAGGAACUAGGUGGCCUGAAAGCAUUUAAAGAAGCAGAAAAAUUAUUGAAGGACUUGGAAAUUGGUGAGAUUGAACCAGAAAUUUUUACGGAGUCAUAUUUUAAUGGCUCAUGCCCUACCACAAUUAUAGACUGGUGUAAACCAAGCAAAAUGAGAUUUGUGACUUGCCAAGACGUAAGUUUAGGAAAUUAUAUUGAAGCUCACGAAACGGCUGCAAAAAUUAAGUAUAAAAUUACCGCUGCUUUGCAUAGCAACAAUACAUAUGUACUUAGAGAAGCAUCAAGAUACUCAGCGGUUUAUGAGGCCAUUCCAGGAUUUAUAUCACUUCUUGCUUUAAAUCCUCAUACUUUAGACCGAGCAGGGUUUUAUGCAUUGGAAAGAUUCAAUUAUAACCCUAAUCAUCAUCGUCUUGUGCUGCAGUUAAUAAUUGCCCUUAGAGAUUUGCCAAAACUAAACUAUUACAUUGCUGCAGACGAAUGGAGAUUAAGGGUCUUAAUGGGUGACAUUCCACCUUCAAAAGUAGCGAAUAGUUGGAGUGAAUUUCGUAAAAAUUUUUCCAUGCUAGAGACUUCUAACAAAGACUUUUUAGGUGACCCUUAUAUUUUAUUUAACAAACCUUUCAUUGGAAAAUUUAUGGGUCUUAUACUUAAAUAUCAAAUAUAUCAGUCUUUUGCUGAAGAGCUUAUAUCAGACGAUUACGACUUAGUCAAACACGUUGCUGAAAAGAACGAACGUCUUAUCGAGCCUAUGAUCAAGGGCUUCAGUAUAGUUUGGCCGGAAAUGGUAAGCGAUUUACUGGCAAAACGAGAAAACACCUUGGAGUAUACUGGCCUUACAGACUAUUUUAGAUUACUGGACGAAUAUUUAGAUAAUCAGUUGGAACCAUCUGGUGAAAGUAAUGAUGAUGACGAGUAUGUGGAUCCGCCCGAAACGGAACCGGAGAUUGAAGAAAGAAAAAUUCCUGAAGAGAAUGACAUUCCAAUUGUAGAGAAACCAAAAGAUACACAUGAAAGUAUAAUUGACAAUGUCAUCGAUACAGGAUACGAUUCAAAUUCGAAGUUGAGUCUUGAAACAUCCACUGUAGGUGUACUUGAGAUUAAAAAUCCGAUGGCAACUGCUAAUCAAAAUGAAGAUGUUAGUCCUAAAGAGGCGUCGUAUAAUACAUAUUGGUGGUUAGGUAUAGCGGCCGCUCUGGUUGUUGCUGUAUCAUUAGUAGCAAUCAUUGCUCGAAAACGUCAGAACCACAGAAAAAAAUUAGAAAGACAAAGAAGGGAAAAUUCGCGAGCCUGA